CAGCGGCCCGCCUCCAGUCUGCUGCAGCCUGCGGUGCGGUGCGUGUUCCAGUGCGUGUUCCAGUGCGUGUUCCAGUGCGUGUUCCAGUGCGUGUUCCAGUGCGUGUUGCAGUGCGGUGCGCGCUCUCCUCGCGCUCCAGUCCGUCCUUCUCUUCUCGUCGCGGCUCCAGGGAAAAUGCGGAUCGCGUCCUGCGCCAGGCUGCUCCGGAGCUGCUGCGCCUCGGCGCGGGGCAGCCCGUGGAUCCGCCCCGCAGCGUCCCGAGCCCUCCAUGUGGACUACCCCCCCAUCGUCCCCACGCUCACCACCAGCUACGUCCACGGCACGUCCAACACGCCGCUGCUGCACGCCACCGUGGGAGAGAUGCUGCUGAAGACCGUGGAGCGGCAGCCCGACAAGGAGGCCCUGGUGUUCUCGGAGAACGGAGUCCGCAAGACCUUCGCUCAGUUUCUGCAGGAUGUGGACCAGGCUGCCGCCGGGCUCCUCGCCAUGGGGCUGAAGAAGGGAGACCGCCUCGGCAUGUGGGGACCAAACACCUACGAGUGGGUGCUCUUCCAGUUCGCCACGGCCAGAGUUGGAAUCAUAUUGGUAGCCAUAAACCCGGCGUACCAGGUGAAUGAGGUGGAGUUCGCCUUGCAGAAGGUGGGCUGUAAAGCCAUCGUCUGCCCGCUGGAGUUUAAAACCCAGAAGUACUGCGACAUGCUGAGGAAGAUCUGCCCAGAGAUCGAAAAGGCCACUCCAGGAGACAUCCGGAGCCCCAGGCUACCAGAUCUCCGCUCCGUCAUCGUCCUCGGGAGCCGACAGCCAGGAAUGUUCUGCUUUGAGGACGUGAUGCAGGCGGGGACGAGCCAGCACACGCGGCAGCUGCAGGACAUCCAGAAGACGCUCUCGUGUGACGACCCCAUCAACAUCCAGUUCACCUCGGGAACGACCGGCGCUCCGAAGGGCGCCGCCUUGUCCCACCACAACAUCAUCAACAACUCGUACUUCGUGGGCCGACGGAUGGGCUACACCUGGAGGCCGGACAUCCGCGUCUGCCUGCCGGUGCCCAUGUACCACUGCUUCGGCUCGGUGGGAGGCGGCAUGUGCCUGGCCGUGCACGGCGUCACGCUGGUCUACCCGUCGGUGGGAUACAGCGGGAAGGCCAACCUGGAGGCCAUCGAGAAGGAACGGUGCACCUUCCUGUACGGGACGCCCACCAUGUACGUGGACAUGCUCAACCAGCCGGACCUGCCCAAGUACGACCUGUCGUCGGUGGACGCAGGCAUCAUGUCCGGGUCGCCCUGCCCGCCAGAGCUCAUGAAGCAGGUCAUGGAGGUGAUGGGCAUGAAGGAGAUCACAAUCGGGUACGGCACCACGGAGAACAGCCCCGUCACCUUCGCCGCCUCGCCGCUGGACAACAUGGACAGGAAGUGCAACUCGGUCGGCUUCGUCAUGGAGCACCUGGAGGCGAAGAUCGUGAACCCGUCCACGGGGCUGAUGGUCCCGGUGGGGGAGAACGGGGAGAUCUGCAUCCGGGGCUACUGCGUCAUGCUGGAGUACUGGGGCGACCCGGAGAACACCCGGCAGUGCAUCGGAAAAGACCGCUGGUACAAGACGGGAGACAUCGGCCGCCUGGAUCCGUUCGGCUACCUGCAGAUCCAAGGCCGGAUUAAAGACAUGAUCAUCAGAGGAGGAGAGAACGUUUACCCGGCGGAGAUCGAGAAGUUCCUCCACACACACCCCAAAGUGAAGGAGGUGCAGGUGGUGGGCGUGGUCGACCCCCGGAUGGGGGAGGAGGUGUGUGCGUGCAUCAAGCUGGUGGACGGAGUGGAGUGCACGGCGGAGGAGAUCAAAGCCUUCUGUAAAGGACAGAUCGCGUAUUUCAAGAUCCCGAGAUACGUCGAGUUCGUCACCAGCUACCCGCUGACCGUCACUGGGAAGAUCCAGAAGAACAUCCUGAGCGCCCAGAUGGAGAAGCAGCUCGGACUGAAGCCCAAAUGAAGCCGACCAGCAGCUCCACAGGCCGACGUCAGACACCAGCCGGAAACCUGCAGCCGCUCGGUGUGUCUUCAUCCGCCACACAGAGCAGUUCCAGACGAAAUCAGGGACAUUUUAACCAGAGACGCGCUGAGAAUUCACACUUCAGCCUUUUUGUACUUCAUAUUUUUACCUUCAACUGACAGACAUGUGAAUGAAAGUCUGUCAGGAUGAUUGAGUGAGGUGGCUGGGAACCUUUUCAUGAACCCAAACAUCAAAUAAACUUAAUUCAAAACAG